AUGUCCGCUACAAUUGAGCAAUGCCUUCGUGAAAGGGAAUGCGGUCGUCUCAAAUUCAGGCCUCGACUAGGAUUUACGGGCAAUACCUUUGCACAACGAAUCUAUGGCGACGAAUUCCUUAUUUCUCGUCUCACUCUUGAGAAGGAGCUGAAGCAUCACACGGGUUGCGUCAACUCAUUAUACUGGUCUCAAACUGGUGAUAAACUCUUAUCAGGAUCCGAUGAUACGCGCGUUUGUAUAUGGAAGCCAUGGGAAGAUUAUUCACUUGGAUGCAGCAUCGAUACUGGUCACAGUGCCAACAUUUUCUCUGCAAAGUUCAUGCCAGCAACCUCAGAUAGCGUGGUGAUCUCUGCCGCUGCCGAUUCGGAAGUGCGUGUGUUUGAUGUCAAUGGAUCCAACAAUCAUGGACAACUUCGACAUGUUUAUACUUGCCAUAGUGCCAGCGUCAAGCGUAUUGCCAUUGACAAUAGCCCUUUUGAAUUCAUGACAUGUGCUGAAGAUGGAACGGUCCGCCACUUUGAUUUACGUCAACGCCAUGUUUGCUCUCCGCAUACAAUCAGUUCAUUUCUGGGAGGACGACAACCUUCAAGACGAUAUGAUCAACCACGUGGACGAGAUGUAAAACAAGGAUGCCCUUCACCUUUGGUCGACUAUAGCGAGUAUGAUGUGGAACUCAACUCCAUGUCAUUGAAUCCAUUACAUCCUCAGUACUUUAUCAUUGCCGGCAAAGAUGAUUUUAUUUAUUUGCAUGAUCGACGCAUGGUGGGACAAGGUGAUCGUGGAGGCGCCAAUGUUGCACACCAUGCAAAAUCACGUUGCGUUAAACGAUUCACCUCAUCCUCGGAUCAUCGUCGACGACGAGCACGACAAAUCACAGCAUGCAAAUUCAACGGCUCAAAUGGACGAGAGUUGAUUGGCAGUUGGCUAUCCGAUGGCAUUUACCUUUUCGAUAUGCAUGAUUCACCUAUUGAACGAUCACCAGUCAACACGGCACGCUCAUCUUCUCAGCCUAAAUCAACCAACCGGGACGAGGUACCAUUCUCAGGGAGAAAUCUGGUGAUACAACGUUUUCGAGAAGGAGAGCUCAAUGAUGCUAUCGUUGAGAUUGACAACUUAUUGGCCAAAACGGAUGAGAGUUUGGGAGCACAUGAUGACAACACCACAACAGAAGAAAACAUGAUUGAGAAGAUAUGGGAAUUGUGCAUGAUGAGUGCUGUACGGUUACGGCGGAUAUAUGAAGGUCGUGCAAGUCAAUUUGCUGACGAGGAAUUACGAGGCGAGGAGGUGGCAUCAACGCGAUUGUUUAUUCGUGAGGCUGAAGCCGUGGCAGUUGAUAUUCAUUGUACACGUGGUUACUGGUGCCUUGCUGUUGGCUUAUGGAUUGCAUCAGGUGGACAACGCAGCAAUGGAUGCGAAGAUCGUAAGGAUUGGUUAGAAAAAGCUCAAGUUUAUCUCGAAGAGGCACGUGCCAUCUACACAAAUGCCUUGUCUUCCAGCAGCAGCAGCAGCAGCAACAGCAGCUCGUCAUCAUCUUCUUUAUCCAGUGGUGCUGAAUCCUCGCUUGCCGCCUUCAACAAAAAAAUUGAUACGCUUCAACGAGAUAUCAUAGCAGCCUUACAUCGUGAGGAAGAAGAGGACGAUGAUGAUGAUACACGUUCGGAAACCACUACGAUGGAUCGAUGGAAAUGGCUUGACAGCAUGUACAUGCAACCCAUGGAAGAGGAUACUCAACCAUCAAAAUCACGCCAAUCUACCGGAUCACCAGGAAAUGAUGGUGUCGACGCGACUAGUGAUGCCGCUGCUGAACAUUCUAUACGAAGCACUUCGACCUCGCGACAUGCUACAAUUGCAUCCAGUGCUAGUGAGCGACCUGCAUCCGAUAGUGAAACUAGCAAUAUGGAUAUUGAGAUUUCAAAUGAAAAUGACGAGAGCAACUCUGAUACCCAGCAUUCUGAUAAUUCAACGGUUGUCACCAUCGAUACACAACAUGAUCAUCAUCCUGAUUCGCACGAGUCGUCAUCAUCAAGCACAAGCGGGUUUGAAGGCGAGAGCGAUAUCUCUAUGGGCGAAGACACGGAUGAAGAUAUCUCUGAAGAUGACGAAUAUGAAGAAAGCAACCCGUAUUAUGAUGAGGAUGAUCAUGAGGAAUCGGAUGAAGAUGAUGAUGCUACUUCACUAAGAUCCAUAUCCGAGCUUGAACCUGACGUGGAUAUUAUUGCUCAUCGAAAAAAGUACGUGGGUCAUUGUAAUGUCAGGACAAUCAAAGACGUUAACUUUUAUGGAUUGAAUGACGAAUACAUUGUUUCGGGAAGCGACUACGGCUAUAUCUUUAUAUGGGACAAGAAAACAGCACGCAUAGUGCAGAUUUUACAAGGUGAUGAGGACACUGUGAACAUCGUACAGGGUCACCCACGGAUACCUGUGAUAGCAACAUCAGGCAUCGAGAACACCAUCAAGAUUUUUUCACCCACAUCAGCUGUGGCAACUACCUCACGCAAGCAGCAUCCCAAUCUUCGAUCAUCAUAUUCAGAAUCAUCAAGAAUGUACGAGGCCGAUGAUAUAGUAACGCGAAUGAUGGAAAACAACGUUACCACUGGUGAUCAUUAUUUUACCCGACGUAUGCUUUCAUCUAUUACUCGACAAUUUCGACGCGGCGGCAAUCUCGAUGAUGUGUUGAUGAUGGAUGAUGAUGACGACGAAAUGCAUAUAGAUUGCCGAGUGCAGUAG